ACAUUGCAGUGCAGUCUUGCCGAGGGACUUUGGAUAGACUCAGAGGAGUUCAACGCUUCACAAUAGGCCUAUUGCUUUGGUUUUAUUUUUGGGAGUUUAUGUUUUAUUUUCAAACUUGUAUUUCAACUUACUAGGACUUUCUUACAAGUCUCCACUAUUUCUGGAGGUUUUUAUUAGGGGGGUGAAGGAGGGCAGUGCAGGAUGAAUGGAACGACUUCUGAGAAGGCGGCAUCGAGCCUGUCGUCUGAUCUCCACGCCACACUGAGCUGUCACCCGGGCGCCAAGGAUUUGCCGACGCUGCCAAAGUCCUCUGCCAUGGACAUGGGGUUCUACAGCGGCCAGACGACGCACAGCCACCACGACUACUACCCCAGCCACGGCCAGUCCUACACGCAACCAAUGAAGCCAUACUCGUAUCAUCACCACUACAAUCUCCAUGGGAUGGCGCUAUCGGGGGCCUACAUUGCCAAGUCGGAAUACCCUUAUCCCCAUACGCAAUACGCUCAUUAUACCCGGGACAUACAGUCACAUCUCCAAGAUAUCGGUAAGAUUUACGCAUGAGACGCGAGGCCAUUUUUGGUAAAUAAAGAGUUGUCUCGAAGAUAUGUUUAUUAAUACUUUGUUUCGACGUGUCAAUGUUGCCCAAGUUAAAUUAACCAUCCAAAACGCGUAUGCUAUCGCUUAUCGACAACGAGGACCAACCUUUAUGCCACAUAAUUUAAAUUUGUCUAUUUAAAAUUCUAUUUAUAGGAGUUGGGAGUUCAACGGUUUUGAAAAUAGUGUAAAUUAGCGUACUUUUGAUUUGGAAUAAUUUAUCAACUAAAUUAGGCCUACCUUUACGGAAAAAACACAUGUGGUUUUUCCGUAAAGGUAGGCCUAAUGUAGUUGAUGUGAAACCAUGUGGUUUUGGAACACUUUACAUGUGAUGAUAUUUCACAUGAAGUUUCACAUGGAUAAAAAAAAUCACAUGAUGCCCUGCGAACAAAACGUAAUUAUGAUGUCCCCGGAAAGUCACGAAAUAGCCAGUGUUUUCCACUUAGCUACAUACAGUACUUUACAUACAUGAUUACAUUGUGUAUGUUUAUUUCUACAGUAAUUAUUACUCAACAUGUGCGAUAUGAACUCACAACCUCUUGGUUCACGGCAUUCCGAUCUUCCUGCUACGCCACCAUGUCUGUGUCAAUGAUUGAUUUCACCUGUAUUCCUACAUUGGACUUAAAAGUAAAUCUCAGCUUUGUAUAAUACACUCAUGAAAAACUAUUGUAUUUAUCAUAAUGAUUCAGGAGGAACAUUAAAACAGAAUAAUAUGCCCCACCAACAUUAGACAACUAUACAGAAACCCCUCAAAUGCUGAGAUAAGUAAACGAAAUCAGUGAUGAGAGAGUAGUCAGAUUAAUUCAUAGCUAAAAUAGCAGUGCAGAUGUCAGUCUUUAGCUAAGUGCAGAUAUGUAUUAUGGUAAUGAAUCUGUAGGGGACUUUGGAAUGGAAUCAUAUUGAUUAAAGAUUUCUACACUUUUUUAUUACACACUUUAGCUCAACAAUGUACGAUUUACAUUAAAGCUAGAACCCUUAAUUGAAACAAUAACAAAGCUGGCACCCUGCCUGUGUUUUGGUAAAAAGCUGAGAGAUGGGCCUGGAUAAAUGUAACCACUCUCAAAUUCAUAGAAAGAGCUAUUGAUCCAUGAUAUCACAAUUAUAGUUUUAACCAUGUUUUGAGGCUAUACAGUGUUUGUUUGCAUUUACAUUGUUUACAAACAUUGGCGUAAAACAAGCUUGUAUUUUGGGUUCUGAUGGGGUACGACAGUUGAUCUAAGCUCGUGAGGCAUUUAUAAGUUGUAUUAUUCAAGAAUCAAUGGGUAUAUAUCAUUAAUUGAUAAUUAAAGUCCCAAAAUGUACAGUUGAAGUCGGAAGUUUACAUACACUUAGGUUGGAGUCAUUAAAACUCGUUUUUCAACCACUCCACAAAAUUUGUAGACCUCCACAAGUCUGGUUCAUCCUUGGGAGCAAUUUCCAAACGCCUGAAGGUACCACGUUCAUCUGUACAAACAAUAGUACGCAAGUAUAAACACAAUGGGACCACACAGCCUUCAUACGCUCAGGAAGGAGACACGUUCUGACUCCUAGAGAUGAACAUACUUUGGAAAAGUACAAAUGAAUCCCAGAACAACAGCAAAGGACCUUGUGAAGAUGCUGGAGGAAACAGGUACAGAAGUAUCUAUAUCCACAGUAAAACAAGUCCUAUAUCGACAUAACCUAAAAGGCCGCUCAGCAAGGAAGAAGCCACUGAGAAAUGUCCUCUGGUCUGAUGAAACAAAAAUAUAACUUUUUGGCCAUAAUGACCAUCAUUAUGUUUGGAGGAAAAAGGGUGUUGCUUGCAAGCCGAAGAACACCAUCCCAACCGUGAAGCACGGGGGUGGCAGCAUCAUGCUGUGGGGGUGCUUUGCUGCAGGAGGGACUGGUGCACUUCACAAAAUAGAUGGCAUCAUGAGGAAGGAAAAUGAUGUGGAUAUAUUGAAGCAACAUCUCAAGACAUCAGUCAGGAAGUUAAAGCUUGGUCGCAAAUGGGUCUUCCAAAUGGACAAUGACCCCAAGCAUACUUCCAAAGUUGUGGCAAAAUGGCUUAAGGACAACAAAGUCAAGGUAUUGGAGUGGCCAUCACAAAGCCCUGACCACAAUCAUGUAGAACAUUUGUGGGCAGAAGUGAAAAGGCGUGUGCGAGCAAGGAGGCCUACAAACCUGACUUACACCAGCUCUGUCAGGAGGAAUGGGCCAAAAUUCACCCAACUUAUUGUGGGAAGCUUGUGGAAGGCUACCCGAAACGUUUGACCCAAGUUAAACAAUUUAAAGGCAAUGCUACCAAAUACUAAUUGAGUGUAUGUAAACUUCUGACCCACUGGGAAUGUGAUGAAAGAAAUAAAAGCUGAAAUAAAUAAUUCUCUCUACUAUUAUUCUGACAUUUCACAUUCUUAAAAUAAAGUGGUGAUCCUAACUGACCUAAGACAGGGAACUUUUACUAGGAUUAAAUGUCAGAAAUUGUGAAAAACUGAGUUUAAAUGUAUUUGGCUAAGGUCUAUGUAAACUUCCGACUUCAACUAUGGAUUCCACAUUUAAAAUCCCCAUACCAUUUCAUUACUUCCCUUACAAAAAAACAUGUGACAUUUGCAGUUUCACAUGUGAAAUAACUGUUUUCACAUGUUGAUCUGAAAUGUUCACAUGUGAAAACAAAAGUGGACAAGUGAGGUCAGUUGUUCAAAUGUGAAAUAUGUUCAAUAUAGUCUAUUCAUGUUCAAUAUAUAGCUAACAUGUUCACCACCUUUUCACAUGUGAGGAUAAUAAUGUUUUCACUUCACAUGUAAAUUGCAGAUUCAAUGUGAAAUUUGCACUUUCACAUGUGAAAAACGUUAAAAUGUUGUCACGUGUAGUUUCAUGGUAUCACGUGUUGAAAUUUUAAAUCCCCAUGUUGUCACAUUUAUUUCACAUGAGAUGAUGAUUUCAUAUGUGCUAAAAUGUUUUCACGUGUACUUUAAUAAUAUAAUAUAAUAUGCCAUUUAGCAGAAGCUUUUAUCCAAAGCGACUUACAGUCAUGCGUGCAUACAUUUUUUGUGUAUGGGUGGUCCCGGGGAUCGAACCCACUACCUUGGCGUUACAAGCGCCGUGCUCUACCAGCUGAGCUACUUUCAUGUUAUCACGUGUUGCUUUUACAUGUUUCACAUGUUAUCACAUUAACUUCACAUUAGAUCACGUGAUCACAAUUUUUUCUGUAAGGAUAGGCUAUGCAAAUGGAGUAGGCCUAGGCCUAUAGACAAUAUGUCAAGAAUUCAGAAUAUAUUUUUUGCUAUUCUGCAUUCUAGGCUGCAAAGCUAACAAUGUGAUAUUUGUCAACAUUUAAAUUAAAAUAAAAACAGCUAUAGCCUACCCAUUUGUAUUUUUGUCAAAAAUGCUUAAAGGUACCAAACAGUUAUUUGGAUUCCCAUGUAAAAUACCCUUUUGAGUGACUAAAAUAUCACCCAUAAUAUUCGUUUUGGAUAGAAAUGCUCAAAAUAUGAGAAAGUCAUUUUUUCUCUCAUGGCUAACCACCAGGAAGUUUGAAACGACAGGCUGAGUGGGCGGGGAGCUUAUAUUCAUAAGCUCGCCUUGACUGAUAGCUCUUUGAAACGCCUAUGUCAAGCAACAUGGUUGCAGUGUUGCAGUAAAAUCAUCUCAAGCAAAUUUGGUGAAACACAAAGCAACUCAAACAACAUUGAAACUGCAUCAAUGAUGUCAAAAAUGUUUUUAUACAUCUCCUGUUUGGCAUGUCUCUUGGAAUGCGGUUCACAGCAGCACUGACGGAUGUGUUGACAUGACAACUGCGUCAGUGUUUUGAACGACCCUUCCCCCCUUUUGUGCCAUGCUGGCUGAAGACCUAGCUAACCAGUAACUAGCUAACACCAGACACAGAUGAAAGGGGAAACAUAAACGUAUCUUUGCCAUAGAUGAAUAUGGUACACUUUUAAUUAUAUUUGCUGAUACCCUACCGUCCAAUUUUGGCACAGUAGAGUAGCUAUCUAGCUAUAUAAACCAUGCCCCUCUGCAAACAUGCCUUCCCCGAUGUUGGUUACAAGGCGGUACCUAUUUAAAUUAGGUAAGAGAAAAUUAAGGUGAUGAUACCCUAUCGCCUUAAUAAUCCCGCCUCCUGAAUCCAAGUGAUUGACAUGGGGGAGGGGACCAGUAACUUUAUGAUCAAACUUUAUCAAUGUAGAAGCAACAGUCAUACAUUUCAUACAUUGGUCAUCAAACUUUGAUCUGGUUUCAUCCAAAUAUGUUUAGGUAUCUAGGCCCUAUAACAUACCGUUUAGCAGGUGGCAUUGGCAUUCCAGGAAGAAUCUUUCUCUUUGAAUUGGCCCAGAUACACACAUCAGUUGUCAUGACAUGUCAGUCUGGCACGCAUUGCUUUUUGGCUCAAUAGCCUGUCUUAGAGUUUUGACUUGAUCACUGCAUGUGAAAACACCCCAAACAAUACAUGAAGGCUAUAGAGCCUAUAUACUCAAUGCACCAAUCAUUCCCUCUCAUUAGUGGCAUAUCCCAUAAUAAUGUGAGGGGCAUUGGAAUCUCUUGGACAGAGACAUUUUGUGCACCAAACCCUCCUUAGGCUUUUGAGUAAAGCAUAUUUCAGAACUGGUAAAAAAAUGAUGUUGACUAAUGAAAUAUAUAUAAUCAAUUCAUUCAUCUGUUAUCAUAAUACUUUUCAUUCAUCUGUUAUCGUAAUACUUUUUUUCUGUAGGCAUAGGCCUAUAGCCUACUGUUUAAGCCCUCUGUAGGCAUACUGUAAAUGUAUGAGCCUCUCAAGUCCUUUAGCCAACUAAUGCUCUGUUGUCAUUUUUCAUUUUUCAGUGAAAGAGGAACCAGAGCCUGAGGUGAGAAUGGUCAACGGAAAGCCUAGAAAAAUCCGAAAACCUCGCACUAUAUAUUCUAGUUACCAGCUCGCUGCGUUGCAACAUCGCUUCCAGGGAGCUCAGUAUUUGUCUCUUCCUGAGAGAGCCGAACUAGCGGCUCAACUCGGCGUGACACAAACACAGGUGAGGAAGCCAAUAGGCCACACAUACCACUGUUAUGACACGCUGUUGAGAGAUUUAUACCUCUAUGAUUUAUGUUCAUUUGUUCAAUAAAACCAUGACCUAUACUGGCAUCUAUUUUGCAUACUUUAGGUCUACACCUAGUGAAUCAUCUGAGAUGUUACAGGUUUUUUUGUCGCUUUCUAUUUUCACAAGUAUGUGGUACAUUUUCACCACUCUUAGUACAAAACUCCAAAACAGAUCAUCAAAAAGGCAGUUGUUUUAAAACUCUGAGCACGUGUUCAAUUGACAUAGUACAAAACACAAAAUCAUACAGUCACUUUUUCAUUAAAUGUAAUCAGUGUUUCAUCUAGAAAUACAUGUUUCACAUUUCAAUACAUGUUCAUAUAAAGUAAUUGCCUUUCACAAUGCAAUGCUCACAUUACUUUUGAUAUGAUUCUCUUUUCUUUUGUUAAAAGACGUUACUAUAACUUAAUCCGACUGUUCUUAAUUGAUGAUCACUUAAACGUUUGGUAAACCUAUAGAUUGUACACGUAAACUAGUUUGUCUGCUACAGAUUAUGAGAAUUACAUAAUGAAAAAGUAUGUCUGUAAAGUAGAAACAUAAAAUAAUAUGAUAUAUACUCGAAUGUACUACUAUGAUAAUGACUAUUAUGAUUUUGCUUCACAGUAAGUAAAAAAUAAAUCUGAUAGACAAGAUCAGAGAUGUACUGUAUGUAACAAAUCAACGUUUAUUGGUCACGUACACAGAUUAGCAGAUGUUACAGCAGGUGCAGUGAAAUGAUUGUGUUUCUAGCUCCAACACUGCAGUAAUACAAUAUCAAUACAAUACCAAUACACAAAUCAUCCAGAAAGUCCAAGUCAAGAAAGAAAUGCAUCCCCUAUACAAUAAACAUGUAUCCAAAAUGAAGUUUGCCAUGACAAAAGGUUUUUCCCCAGGUGCAUGAUCAAUGAGGACAUUUUACUGUGAUGUCAAUGAGAACCUAUGGCCAAAUGCUCAAGACAGGCUUAAUGCAAACUAGUGCCUGCUAAAACUUAUGUUUCUUUCAUUUAUUUUAUUUGAUUACAUUGUGAAAGAUGUCUUCAAUGAUCACACCUUUGAUCACACAUGGGAUAGAAAUUAUGGAAAUUUGAUGUUCAGUCAAUUUUAAUGGGUAGUGCAAGUGUAUUGCCUAAUGUGAAAACAGUGUAAUGUACUGUAAUUUACAGUACUGUAGCAUACUACAUUCAAAGGUCAAGUUUGAAACAUGUAUCUUACAAUUUACCACAUACUUGUAAAAAUAGUACCAAAGCGAUAAAGAAAACGGUAUUGUUUAUAUUAUAUUUCAAACCACCGGGGUUAUUAACCUCUUCCCUGUCGUUUUCAUAUCUGAGAAUUGAUAGCUUCAUUAAUAGAUCUAAGUUUGCAUCUGGAUUCCAAAUUUCAAUGCAACAUAAUUAGGUAUAUUCUAUUCUAAUAAGGCCUAGGGUGUCAAUAUGAAAUUACAACACUUUGCUAGAUAAUACAUUUUUAACCCAUGCAUUCACAUGUUCUGGUACAAACAUCCCGACCUUCUAUUUAAACCUGUAGCUCAAAUAUUUUUUCUUCCAGGUCAAGAUCUGGUUCCAGAAUCGGCGUUCCAAAUUCAAGAAGUUGUACACGAACGGGGAAGUUCCACUGGACCACAGCCCUGGAGCCAGUGACUCUAUGACCUGCAAUUCACCCCCGUCCCCGGCCAUUUGGGACAGUAGUGUACCCACAGACCCCGCCACUAGAGAGCCGGCUCUCCAGCCCUCCCUCAGCUCCUCUCUAUGUUAUGUGGAGGACUACACUCAACACUGGUAUCAACAGACCUCACAGUCACGCUCACAGCACUCAGGACUGGUUCUUCAGCACACAACAACACCACCAAAGAAUAUGGGGGCGGUGUACUAACACAAAAUGUAUCGGUCCAAACUGUGGUCCAUCAACAUGGAAAUAAAGCCUAGAAGGCUGAAGUUCACGGACAAGUUGGGAAACAUGCACAAGGACAUGUUGUCUCUGUUGUUCCUUUUAGAUUCAAAACAGAGGAACUGUAUACAAAAAGAAUGGACAAAUCCAAAUCCAUGUUCUGUUUAGAUAGAGUGAUGAGUUGCUAAUGUUAUCAGUGGCUCAUUUCACUCUGUUGGAGAGAUUUGAUAUGAGAAUGGAUGGAAUAGCAACCUAUUUGGUGGCACUUUCCUUUACAGUGGUCCACUGUGGGACCUUUAACUGAACAAUGAAAAAGGUCCUUUCAGAUUCUUUGAUCUAUAGCUAUAAAUAUAUACUGUCAGUGCAUUCAACACCCUUUGUUUCUUCACAAUAUGAAACACACAGAUACAUGGAAGUAGCGUGUACCAUUUUCAUACAUUUAUAUAUUAUACUUGCCAUAUGUUG